GAAAAAUAUUGGUAUACAACUGUGAUGGCAGAGGGGAAAUCAGUCGCAAUUGGUAAAGUGUUAGGUGGAACAAUUCUUCUCUAAGAUGCUUUAGAGCUGGCUAACAAAAGAAUCUUGUCUGUCCAUUAGAUUUGCAAGUGAUGCCAAUAAAGGAGUGUUAAACUAUAUGGAGCUUAAAACAAAAAACAUUGAAGCAUCAUCGUCAAUCUGUCUGGACACAUGGACUGUGAGCUUCAAGGCAAUUAAAUAAUGGAUUCCUCACAUGCUCAGACAUCUCACAUGUUCUACGUUGGAGCUCGGAACGAAAUAACGAAUGUAGCUUAAACCCACUACACCAGAAGCAUUUUCAGAGUUCCCUGCAGUAGCAAAUGGAAGCUGCUGAAGCUCCCACUGACAAAACAAUGGCUGACAACAAUGUGGGCACCUUGGAGGUGGAAAAGGGUAGUGGAAAAAUUCAAGAUAAGGACGAGAAGUUUAAAAAAGAGACUGAUUCAGUUGGAAGUGUGGCCUUGUAUCAGCUGUUUUCAUUUGCUGAUGCACUGGACUAUGUGUUGAUGGCGUUGGGGACGGUGGGGGCAUUUGCGCACGGGGCAGCCGUUCCUGUCUUCUUCAUAUUCUUUGGGAAGCUCAUUGAUGCCUUUGGUGCACACCCCAAUGAUCCCAUCGCAAUGGCAUCUCUAGUUGGAAAGCAUGCUCUCCACUUCUUGUACUUGGGACUUGUCAUCAUGGCAGCAGCAUGGCUUGAGAUAUCAUGUUGGAUGCAAACAGGGGAACGGCAAUCAGCUCGCAUGAGAAUGCGAUAUUUGAAAUCUGUGUUGAGCCAAGAUGUUAGUUAUUUUGAUACAAAUGCUAGCACAGGAGAAAUUAUCAGCUGUAUUUCCAAUGAUGUAGUGGUUGUACAAGAUACAAUAAGUGACAAGAUGGGCCAUUUUUUGCAUUAUAUAGCUCGAUUCAUUGCAGGAUUUGCAGUGGGCUUCUCCUCAAUAUGGAAGCUUACAUUACUUACAGUUGCAGUUGUUCCCUUGAUGGCUAUUGCUGGGGGUGCAUAUGCUGCAGCCAUGACUGGUUUGUCAAAAAAAAGCCAAGUAGCAUACGCUGAGGCUGGAAAAGUGGCAGAAGAGGCAAUAUCUCAAGUGCGUACUGUGUAUUCAUUUGUGGGAGAGACCAAGGCUAUUCAAGCUUAUUCAAGAGCUCUUGGAACUACUCUAAAGUUGGGGAAGAAAGGGGGUAUUGCGAAAGGAUUGGGUGUAGGAUUUACAUAUGGAUCAGUGUUUGGUGCAUGGGCAUUGCUUCUUUGGUAUGCGGGUGUCCUUGUCAGACAUGGAGAAACCAGUGGUGGUGAAGCAUUCACAACCAUUUUCAAUGUCAUUAUCAGUGGAAUUGCUCUUGGUCAAGCGGCUCCAAACUUGGGUGCAUUUGGCAAGGGGAAAGCAGCUGCAUAUAACAUUAUUCAAAUGAUCAAACAGAAACCAACAAUGAGUUAUAACCUAUUGGAAGGCGAGACUUUAUCACAUGUUGAGGGGCAUAUCGAAUUACGCAAGGUCUGCUUCAGUUAUCCAUCUCGACCUGAUAUCAUCUUUCAAGAUUUUGACCUUUCAAUUCCUGCUGGAAAGACAGUGGCGAUUGUUGGACAUAGUGGGUCGGGGAAAAGCUCAAUUAUAUCCUUAAUAGAGCGCUUUUAUGAUCCUUCUGCAGGUGAAGUGCUACUGGAUGGGCACAAUUUGAGGAGCCUGCAACUGAAGUGGUUACGGGAUCAGAUUGGAUUGGUCAGUCAGGAACCAGUAUUAUUUGCAACUAGUAUAAUUGAAAAUAUUUUGUAUGGUAAGGACAAUGCAAGCAUGGAGGAGAUUAAAGAAGCUGCAAAGGCUGCUAAUGCUCACUCCUUUAUAGAAAAUCUACCCAAUGGCUACAAUACCCAGGUGGGUGAGAGAGGAACACAACUUUCUGGAGGGCAGAAGCAACGAGUAGCUAUUGCUAGAGCAAUGCUGAAGAGUCCGAAAAUUUUACUUUUGGAUGAAGCAACAAGUGCAUUGGAUGCAGAAUCAGAGCAGAUUGUUCAGCAAGCUCUUGAAAACAUUAUGAUAGGCCGGACCACAGUAGUGGUGGCUCAUAGACUAUCUACAAUUCGAAAUGCUGAUACCAUUGCAGUGUUACAAAACGGCAAAGUUGUAGAAAGUGGUUCACACCAGGAAUUGAUUUCAAAAGGGAAAGAUGGGGCAUAUUUUUCUCUUGUGCAGCUGCAAGAAGCGACAGAAAGUGGACCUGCACGGGAAGAACAUGAAAGUAGCAGGAAAUCCAGGCAAUCCCUUGAAUCCUUAUUUUCCUCGCAAAGUUUUAGAUCUGGAGUUAAUAGCAUUAGAUUUGAUUCUAUUGGAAAAGAAAAUUUGGAUAUCAAGGGAUCGAAAGGUGAACAACCACCAUCAUUUAUGAGGCCUUCAAUCUGGCGACUGCUUAAACUGAACAUACCAGAGUGGCCUUUUGCCAUACUAGGCACUCUAGGGGCAAUAAUGGCAGGUGUGGAGACACCACUUUUUGCUCUUGCCAUUACACAUGUUUUAAUCACCUUCUACUCUCCUGACAAGCUGCAUAUCAAGCAUGAAGUUGAGAAAAUUUCUAUUAUAUUCAGUGGAGCAGCAGUUGCUACUGUGCUGAUAUAUUUAUUGCAGCACUAUUUCUAUACCUUAAUGGGGGAGCAACUCACUACACGCAUCCGAGAAAUGAUGUUCUCAGCAAUUUUACGGAACGAGAUAGGUUGGUUUGAUUCAACUGAAAAUAGUAGCGGAAUGUUAACAUCAUGUUUGGCAACCGAUACAACAUUAGUUAGAGGUGCUAUUGCUGAUCGCAUGUCAACAAUUGUGCAGAAUGUAGCACUUACAGUGACUGCAUUUGUCAUUGCAUUCAUGCUUAAUUGGCGUAUAGCUUCAGUUAUCCUUGCAACAUUUCCGUUUCUGAUUGGUGCUUCUGUAGCUGAGCAACUUUUUAUGAAGGGAUUUUGUGGAGAUUUCAACAGUGCAUAUUCUAAAGCAAGCAUGGUAGCUGGUGAAGCUGUGAGCAAUAUCCGCACAGUUGUAUCUUUUUCUGCACAAGAGAGAGUUAUUGGUCUUUUUGCUCAAGAAUUAAUUGAACCAAAGAAAAAGAAUUUUUUGCGAGGCCAAAUAGCCGGGUUAGGCUAUGGCAUUUCCCAGCUUUGCCAGUUUGGGUCUUAUGGCCUUGCAUUUUGGUAUGCAUCUUUGCUAGUUAAAAACCAUGAAACUGACUUUGGACAAGUGAUGAAAGCAUUCAUGGUUUUGGUCAUCACAGCAUUUGGUGUGGCUGAAACUCUUGCUCUUGCUCCUGAUAUUGUGAAGGGAUCUCAAGCUUUGGAACCUGUUUUUAGGAUUCUUGACCGAAGAACUGAGAUAGAACCUGACGAUCUUACGGAAGAGGAGGUCACAGAAGUCAAGGGUGACAUAGAAUUGAGUCAUGUGAAGUUUCGCUAUCCUUCUCGACCAGAUAGUAUUGUUUUCGAGGAUUUAAGUUUGCAUAUUCAAUCAGGAACAAGUCUAGCUCUGGUAGGUCCAAGUGGCUCAGGCAAGAGUUCAGUUGUAUCCCUUCUAAUGAGAUUUUAUGAUCCAAUAUCAGGGGCAGUCUUCAUAGAUGGUAAUGAUAUCAGGAAACUAAGGCUCAGGUCUUUGAGACAGCAAAUUGGUCUAGUGCAACAGGAGCCUGCUCUUUUUGCAACAACCAUCUAUGAAAACAUUCAGUAUGGGAAAGAUGGGGCUUCUGAAGCUGAAAUAAUAGAAGCUGCAAAAUCAGCAAAUGCACACAACUUCAUCAGUGGCCUACCUGACGGUUAUCAGACAAAUGUUGGUGAGAGAGGGCUGCAGCUAUCUGGAGGGCAGAAGCAAAGAGUUGCCAUUGCAAGGGCAAUCUUAAAGAAUCCAGCCAUACUUCUUUUGGAUGAGGCAACCAGUGCAUUGGAUACAGCAUCAGAGAAUGUAGUCCAGUCUGCUUUGGAUCAAUUAAUGCAUAGUCGGACAACCAUUGUUGUAGCACACAGGCUUUCGACAGUUCAAAAUGCUAACAUGAUUGCAGUGCUUCAUGGUGGACGGGUAAAGGAACAAGGUACCCAUUGGCAGCUUAUCAAUAAUCCUGAUGGUGAAUAUGCUCAAUUAGUUAGAUUACAGCAAGGAACAAAAUCUGAAAUCUAAUAGCUGAUCUACUAAUGCUUAAUAGUUAAUAUCCAUCAUUGCCUUAUACAAUCUGCAAAAAUGCACUGCAGAUUUUGCCUGCUUGAAUUUCCGAAUUAGAGAUUGUAAAUAAUCCUCAAAGGUUGUUGCCCUGCAGGUUUUGGUCAUGACCAUUUCCUCAAAUUAGUGUUUUUGAAGUAAAUAGGUACCGUGUAGGUUCAUGUAUUUUUUGAGGAGAUUCUCUGAUCUAAUAAUUAAAUGAAAAUAUUUGUUAUA